UACAAGCCCCAAAAAUCGGCCAAAGAUGCCGCACAAAGUGAGUGUGGGGGCUAAAUCGAUUUGUGUUGCGAGCAUUAAACGCCCUGAAAAGCGACUUAAGUCCAGACAGUGGACAGUGGACGCAGUGGAUACGGGCGCAGGACAUGACCAAAGCAAGUGGCAUCAUUACUCAAGCAAAUGGGGUCAUCAACAGCAUCAGUCGAUGGACCAAGUACUUGUUGGCAAGCACCAGCCGACAGCCAACAGUUCACACACACAUUCCACAACAGCAACAACAACAACAACAACAACAACAGCAACAAGAACAUGCAAAGCAAGUGCAAUCAAUUUGGCGCAGCCGAAGGAUUCGUAGCCCGCUUCUUCUGCCAACGCCCGUUGCAUUGUGGGUGCAAAUUACGUGCCUGAUGCUGAUGCUGGUAAUUGAAAUGCAAAAAUAUUUGGAAAUUUCCAUAGAGCUUACACAACUCACACAACGGCUGGGCAUGGCCCCAAAUGCAGCAGCCGACGGAAUGCGUUCGCAUUUAACAAAGGGCGACAGCAAGAGCAACAACAACAACUGCUGCUGAUGAUGAUUAUGCUGCUGAUACUGAUGAUGCAUUUGCGGUUAAUGAUGAUGAGCAUAAGCAACUUACACGAAAAGUGAGAAAAUGCCAAGAUACGUCUGAGCUAUUCCGCAAUGAAUGCUGCAUAUAAUACCCUGUAAUUUAACACA